ACCUCCCACCCGCUCCUCACUUGCCGUCUGCUGCUGCAUUGCCUUGCCGCUCCGGCGACGCUCUAGGAGAUCGAUCAUCGCCGGCGACGCUCCGCUACUUUGUUGAGAGAGGCAGAGAGAGAGAGAGUGCUAAUCGCCGGCCGCGGCCACUUGUACUGGGAGUCUGUCCGGUAAAUGACUGGAGGCCUUGCCGGCGGCGUCGUCGAGGUAGAGGUGCUGGGUCCGGUCUCGUUCUUCCCGACGUGCCUAUCGUCGUCCCCGUCGCCGGAGAAGUUGCUGCGUGGUCGCACCGGAGGGUUUAUCAAGGAAGGGUAAAUCUUGCUGGCUAGCUCAAGGCUUCGUUAGGGAAAGGGCGAAAGGCUGCAGAAAUUCCUGAAGAAGCUGCAGGGAAUAAAUUAAGCAACAAAAGGGUAUCCUGUUAGAAAUAUUCUACUGAACAAGGUUCAGAAAACUCACUGGACAAGCUGAUGGAUCCUACCACUAUUGAUUCGAAAUGGACGUCUCCCAUCACUGAAGAUGGGUCCAUGGACAGACGAGGAAACCCAGCUGUCAAGACAACCACCGGAGGAUGGAGAUCUGCCAUCCUGCUGUUAGCUAACUAUGGACUCGCGACGUGCGCCUUCUUCGGCGUCGGCGUGAACCUCGUGGUGUUCCUGCGCCGGGUGCUCCACCAGGGCAACGCCGAGGCGGCCAACAACAUCAGCAAGUGGACAGGGACCGUCUACAUCUUCUCCCUCAUCGGCGCCUUCCUCAGCGACUCCUACUGGGGCCGUUACGUCACCUGCGCCAUCUUUCAGAUCAUCUAUGUGACGGGCCUGGUGAUCCUGUCGCUUGCGUCAUGGUUCUUGUUGGUGAAGCCCUCCGGCUGCGGCGGCGUCAAGGUGCACUGCGACGAGCCGUCGGCGCCCGGCGUCGCGCUGUUCUACCUGUCCACCUACAUGAUCGCGUUCGGCAACGGAGGGUACCAGCCUUCCAUCGCGACCUUCGGAUCGGACCAGUUCGACGAGACGGACCCCAAGGAGGGGCGCUCCAAGGUCGCCUUCUUCAGCUACUUCUACCUGGCGCUCAACGUGGGGUCCCUGUUUUCCAACACGGUGCUGGUGUACUACGAGGACUCAGGGCGGUGGGUCAUGGGGUUCUGGGUCUCGGCGGCCGCCGCCGCGCUGGCGCUCGUGCUCUUCUUGCUCGGCACGCCCAACUACCGGCACUUCAAGCCGAGCGGCAACCCGCUGACCCGCGUCGCGCAGGUGUUCGUCGCCGCGUUCCGCAAGUGGCACGCUGAGGUUCCCCGCGGCGAGCUCCUCCACGAGGUGGAAGGAGAGGACCCUAAGAUCUCGGGCAUCCGCAAGAUCCUUCACAGCGACGAGCUCAGGUUCCUCGACAAAGCGGCGACGAUCACCGAGGGGGAGAAGAUGGAGAACCCGUGGAGGCUCUGCACGGUGACGCAGGUGGAGGAGGUGAAGUGCAUCCUGAAGAUGCUGCCCAUCUGGCUGUGCACGAUCGUGUACUCGGUGGUGUUCACCCAGAUGGCGUCGCUGUUCGUGGAGCAGGGCGCCACCAUGGACACCAACAUCGGGUCGUUCCACUUCCCCGCAGCGAGCAUGUCGCUGUUCGACGUCCUCAGCGUGCUGGCGUUCAUCGCCAUCUACCGGCGGGUCCUGGUGCCCGUCAUGGCGCGGCUGUCGGGCAACCCGCAGGGCCUGACGGAGCUGCAGCGCAUGGGCGUCGGGCUCGUGAUCGGCAUGGCGGCGAUGGUGGUGGCGGGCGUGGUGGAGGUGGAGCGGCUGAAGCGCGUGGCAGCCCCGGACCAGCCGAGCUCCCUGAGCGUGCUGUGGCAGGUGCCGCAGUACGCGCUGAUCGGGGCGUCGGAGGUGUUCAUGUACGUGGGGCAGCUGGAGUUCUUCAACGGGCAGGCGCCCGACGGCGUCAAGAGCUUCGGCAGCGCGCUGUGCAUGGCGUCCAUCUCGCUGGGGAACUACGUGAGCAUCAUGCUGGUGAGCGUGGUCACAAGCCUCACCGCCGGGGAGAAGCGUCCGGGGUGGAUCCCUGGGAACCUCAACUCCGGCCACCUGGACAGGUUCUACUUCCUCCUCGCAGCGCUCUCGCUCGUCGACCUCGCCGUCUACAUCGCCUGUGCCAUGUGGUACAAGGGCAUCAAGCUUGACGGCGGCGACGGCGAUGACAGUAGAAAGGUCUCUGCGCAUGUCUAGCCACUGGGCCUGGGCCUUUAGUUCUUUCUGGUUCAGAGACGUGCCGGGCUGGCCGUAUAUAUAGAAAAUAAAAGGAAUGUCAAAGAAGCUGCUUGUAAACCAUCCGCUCAGUAUUGGACGGCCCAUGCUGUUCUGCAUCUUUGGUCAGAGCAGAGGCUCCAAGUAACUUCAUGUGAAGUACUAAUGCUAGUAUAUGUAUGUAUUUAUGUAUAUGGAUGUCGGCUGAACUUGCUUG